CAGCACGGCGGGCGUCAAUACCCAGCAACGCGGGAGAGCUUCGGUUCUGUGUCGGUUUCCCCUCUGGCGUGUCCGUUCCUCCGACGGCGUCUUCUGCAGGUGUUUUUUUUAUUUUCUUAAUCGUCUGUGAGUGGAAGAAAAAACAGGAGAAAGAUGACUUCCUCGCAGACCAUAGACACCAACUGCGUCACUCUCACCCGGUCCAUCCUGAGGGAGCAGAAGAGACACCCAGAGGCCACCGGGGAGCUGACCAUGUUGAUUAUGGGUAUCCAGACGGCUGUCAAAAGCAUCUCGAACGCCGUUAGGAAAGCGGGCAUCGCGGCUUUGUAUGGCAUGGCAGGAGAUGUCAAUGUUCAGGGGGAAGAAGUGAAGAAGCUGGAUGUGCUCGCCAACGACCUUUUCAUCAACAUGCUGUCGUCAUCUUAUACAACCUGCCUGCUUGUGUCUGAAGAAAACAAAACUGUGAUUGAGGUAGAGCAGGACCGACAAGGAAAGUAUGUGGUGUGUUUUGACCCCCUUGAUGGUUCUUCCAAUAUUGAUUGCCUCGUCUCCAUAGGAUCCAUUUUCAGCAUUUAUAGAAAAAGCACUGAAGGAGUUCCAACAGUGUCAGAUGCCUUACAGCCUGGUAACCAGAUAGUUGCAGCAGGGUAUGCCUUGUAUGGGUCAGCUACUAUGAUGGUCAUAUCUACUGGCAAUGGUGUUAACGGUUUUAUGUUGGAUCCGAGUAUUGGAGAGUUUGUGUUGACUGACCCCAACAUGAGAGUUAAGGAAAAAGGCAAAAUCUACAGUCUUAAUGAAGGUUAUGCCAACCUCUGGGAUCCAGCAGUAUCUGAAUAUGUACAAGGAAAGAAGGCCAAAAAAGCUGGUGCACGUUACAUUGGAUCUAUGGUUGCUGAUGUCCAUCGUACCUUGAAGUAUGGGGGUAUUUUCAUGUACCCUGCCACAUCUGAUGCUCCUAAGGGCAAGCUCCGUUUACUGUAUGAAUGUAACCCCAUGGCGUUCCUAAUGGAGCAGGCCGGAGGUCAGGCAACAACUGGAAAGAUGCGUAUCCUUGACAUCGUCCCAACUGAUAUUCAUCAGCGCACUCCCAUUUUCCUUGGAUCAACUGGUGAUGUACAAGAAAUCAUUGACUUGUACAAAAAGCAUAAUUUGUAAGACAGGAUUCCAUCCAUCUGUGUGAAAUUACCCCCCCCCCAAAAAAAAAAAUUGUACAGGAUCUCCUGUGUUGCAUCCAAGGAGACUUCUCUGAUGUUACAUAAUGAAUAAAUACAUUUAUAACAAGAAAUUCCUUUAACUUCUUAUUGACCAAUUCAUUGUUAUCUUACUGUCAUUUGUAUAAAUCAAAUUUCCAGAUUCUUUUUUGAAAAAAAUUGUCUUAAGGUUGUUGUAUAUUCUGUUUUUUUUUAAUUCUCAGAUUGAAAGCAGUGUUAGAAAUGGUAGAAAAUUUCAAACAUUUGUGCAGGAAUUAAUAACAAUAAAGUGAGUUUAAGGAUGUG